AUGAGUGCAGCAACAGCAUCAUGUUCCUCAUUUCAACCACAUGUUGUAUCUGAAGAAUCUUAUUGUUCACCAUGGGAUUUAAAAACACAAGAAGAAAAAUUAAAAUUACUCAGUGAACAACGAUCAACAUCAUCAUCAAAUACUAUAACAGCAUUAACUGAUGCUUUACUUCAUCCAUCUAAUACGAACAAUCGUUCAACAUCUUCAUCAUCUUCUUCCAAUAAUAAUAACAAUGCAUUUCAUCGUACUCGUUCAGCACGUACCACAUCAUCAACAAAAAAAUCGCUUACACUUCGUGAACCUUCACCACCUUUACUUCCUCCAUUACCACCUGGUGGUUUAAUACUGCCGCCACCACCACCAACAACUAAUGUCACAUGCCAAUGUGGUAGUAAUAAUAGUACUCGAAAUCGAUCACUUAAUAAUAAUAAUAAUAAUAAUUCGAUGAAUGAAAGUCUUGAUCCAUCAUUAAAAAAAAUUUCCUAUUGUCUCAAUGCACAUGCUAUUCGUUCGGGUACAGAUACUUCACGUAGUUUUGUUUUUGCAUCUUCAUCACCAUCUAAUGAACAUUCACAACGAGUUAAUACAGCACCAGCUAAAGUUGAUUUAUCAUAUGUAAUUGAAAAUCGGCAAGAAUUAACAAAUAUAACAACACAAAAUAGUACAAUAUCUUCAUCAUCAUCAUCAUCAUCAGCUGAAUCACCAUUGAUCACAGACGAUACGAAACCGAUGUCAUUUGAAGCUGCCUUACAACGAUUUAAACGUUUAAGUUCAUCAACCCGAUGUAAUAAUACAAAUGUUUCGGUAUCUUCUUCAUCUAAAACACAAAUUACAACUAAUCCAGAAUCACCCAUAGCUUAUGAACGACCAUGGGAUACAUUACAAACAUCUCUUAUCAAUAGUCUUUCAUCUCCACCAUCAUUAACAAAUAGUCGUAAUGGAGGAGGUUCAUUACAAAAGAUGUCUAUCACAGAAGAAUCAAAACAACAUUGUUCACCACCAUUUCCUAUGGUUUCUCCUACAAUUACAACUUGUCGACAUAGCACAUGUUCACCAGAUGAUAAACAUAAUAUUAGUAAUACAAACAUAGGAGAAAUCAAUAAGACAAACAGUCGUAGCCUUGUUCCAUUAACACCAGAUAUUGAUACGACAAUUCCAAUCGAUCGGUAUUUUUGGUAUCAUUAUGCAAUGUCACGACGGACAGCUGAAAAUAUUUUACAAACUCGUCCACCUGGUAGUUUUCUUGUACGUCAAAGUGAAAGUGGAAAUCAAAAUGAUUAUUCACUUUCAAUCAGAACGGCAAAAAGUUGUAUGCACAUGCGUAUAUGUUACUCAACAGGUGUUUAUAUUCUUGGAGAAUGCUCAAGACCAUUUCCAAGUGUAUCACGUAUGAUUGAAUAUUUUAGUCAAACAUCGGUACCUAUACGUGGUGCAGCACCUAUUAAAUUGGGUACACCUGUAUUUCGAUGUGAAACAUUGACAUCAUCACCUAAUAAUCAUCAUUGUAAUGAAGGAAAUGAAGAACUUUUGUAA